AGUGUAAACACAAGUGAAACAGCGUCUAUGAUGCUCUAAAUCAGCUCUGUUUAUUACACUAUAAUCCUGAAGAUGUCUGCCGACACUGUGGUGAAGACCUCUGAGCCAUGCCAUGGUUAACCCCAACUGAAGAAACAGCAAACAGGAGGAAUCACAGCAGGAGAAACAACUGACAUACUAUAGUAAAGAUGGAGAUUGAGGAAGAACCCUGCAGAAUAAAAGAGGAAGAGACAGAGGAACAAAUAGACCAGACGGAGGUGAAUGAAGACAGACAGCAUCCGUUUAAUAAUCCUGGACGACUCACAAGUGAAGAUUCACAAAUGAAAACGGAACAGACUUGCAUACAGAUCGAACGAGAUCGAAGAAUUAGAGUCAAAGGAUCUUUCAUCUGCUGUGAAUGUGGGAAGAGUUUAAAAAGUGAAUUAUGGCUUAAAAAGCACACAAUGAUGGUUCACACUGGAGAAAAACUGUUAACGUGCACUCAGUGUGGAAAAGGUUUUGUAGACGAAGCCAAACUGGAGUCACACCUGAAGAGUCACACUGCAAACAGAUCAUUUACCUGCGCCGAGUGUGGAAAGAUGCUCAAAAGUAAAGACAAGUUAAACAACCACAUGAGGAUUCACAAUAAAGAAAGACCCUUCAGCUGCUCUGUGUGUGGAAAGAGUUUCAAGACUGAAAACAACUUAAGCCAGCAUCAGCGUAUUUACUGUGAAGUGAAGCCGUUGAGCUGUGAUCAGUGCCAUAAAGCAUUUCUAACGAGAUCACGGUUAAAAUCACACCUUAAAUUUCACUCUGAAGUGAAGCCUCAUGUCUGCUCUUUGUGUGGGAAGAGUUUCUUAUAUCUGAAUAUGUUAAAGGAGCACGAGCUUAUUCAUUCCGGAGUGAAACCUCAUGUGUGUCCACACUGCGGGAAGAGCUUUAGUUCAUCAAACUACCUAAAAAAGCACCAGAUUGUUCACACUGAUGUGAAUCCGUUCUCCUGCACUCACUGUGGAAAGACUUUCAAAGAGAAAAGGUCUCUUAAAGAUCAUCUGACCGCUCACGCUGGAGUGAAACCGUUCAGCUGUGAUCAGUGCGAUAAAACAUUUCUAUCCGCGUCAUACUUAAGGAAACACUUGAAAGUUCACUCUGGACUGAAGCCUCAUGUUUGCUCUUUUUGUGGGAAGAGUUUUUUAGCACUGCAAGCUUUAAAGCUUCAUCAGAUGAUUCACACUGGAGAGAGGCCUUACGUGUGCUCUGAAUGCGGGGACAGCUUUCUUAGAUCAAACUACUUAAAAAAACACCAGAGGAUUCACACCGGAGAGAAACCGUUCUCGUGCUCUCAGUGCGGAAAGAGUUUCAGAUAUAAAAACAAUCUAAAAGUGCAUCUCGUCUCUCACACUGGAGUGAAGCCGUUCAGCUGUGAUCAGUGCGGUAAAACAUUUGUUUGUUCAACAAACUUGAGAAACCACCUUAAAAUUCACGCUUCUGUGAAGCCACAAGCAUGAUUUUGCCUUAAUAAAGCUCAUUUUGUCAAGUUUUUCACAACAGCGAUCUUUAAAAGCCCAUCAGAUCCUUCAUACCGGAGUGAAACCUCAGGUGUGUUCAGAUAUUUUCUGUGCAUCAAACUACUUAAGAAAACACCAGAGGAUUCACACUGUAGAGAAACCGUACAAGUGUUCACAUCGUGAGAAGAGAUUCAGUUUUCAGAAACCUGUCAAUUCAUUAGAGAGUUCAUUCUGGAGAAAAGCCACACCAGUGCUCUACCAGUGGAUAGUUUCCUAUUGUUUAUGCUACUAAAACAUGAUCCCUCAGCACUGCAUCAAGAAUCCUCGUUCAUCUAUAAGCAGUAUCACCACAUGGGCUACUGUGGUUAACCUUUGUCAAGUACUACAAUACUUAGUUACAUCCAGAAAUGCCAGUGAAAACUGUACUGUGCCAAAAGGAAGCCCUAUGUUAACAGUGUCCAGAUGCAGCACCGUUGACUACUCUGGGCUCGGAGGCAUCUGGGAUGGACCAUCACACAGUAAAAACAUGUACUGUGGACAGAUGAAUCAGUAUUUCAUGUAUUUUUUGGGAGAAAUGGACACCGUGUGCUCCAGACCAAAGAAGAAAAGGAUCGUCCAAACUGUUACAAGCUACAAGUCUAAAAGCCAGGGUCUGUCAUGAUAUGGGGUUGUGUAAGUGCCCUUGGCAAAGGUAACUUGCACUUCUGUGAUGCCCCAAUAAUGCUGAAAUGUACAUGGAGAGUUUGGAGCACAAUAUGCUGCCUUCUUCUCCAAGGCUUAAUAUGUGCCGGAACAAGCCGGAUCCGGCACCUCUGAAAUCUGAUCCAGCACCUCAUUUUACUACUGAUCCCCCUCCUCACACACACCCCUGCCCGACCCACCCUGCACCGACUCCCUAACCCUCUUCACUUUCGUCCGCCACAAUCCACCUUCUUAAAUUUCGUCCGCAAAACUCCCCCGCCCCGCUCUAUACUUUCAUCCGCGACAACCCCCCCUCUCCCUCCUCUGGUAACAUGCUGGAUCCGUUACCCCGAUGUGUUCCGGUACCUCUCAAUUUACAAAUUAAUCACUGCGGAUGCCCAUGCAUAUUCCAACAAGACAAUGCAACACCACAUUCUGCACACAUUACAGAGUCCUGCUGCAGAGGAAGAGGAUACAGGUACUUGACUGGCCCGCCUGCAGUCCCGACCUGUCUACAGUUGAGAAUGUGUGGCGCAUUUUUAAGCGCAAAAUGCGACAAUGAAAACCCCCAUGCUGUUUCCCACCUUAAGACUUGUUUGUGGGAAUAAUGGGACAAAAUGACACUUGAAACACUUCAUCAGUUGGUGUCUUCAGUCCCUAAAUGUCUUUUAAGUGUUGUAAAAAAGAAGGGCAACAUUAUAAAGUGCUAAAUGCUUCACUGUCUCCAUUUUUUUGAAAUGUGUUGCAAGAAUCAAAAUUGAAAUACGUGUUUAUUUUGAGAAAAAAACAAUACAAAUCAUGAGGAACACCUUAAAUGAUGUUUGUUGUGUUGUCUGCGAUGAAAUACAAGUCAAAGUAAAUUUAGAAAUCACUAUCUAUCUUUAUUUAUUUGUGUUUUCUAUACUGUCCCAACCUUUUCUGAUUUGGGGUUGUUGAUGUAAACAUAUAUUUAUGUGUGUAUCACAUAUACAUUCAUUCAUUUUCUUGUCGGCUUAGUCCCUUUAUUAAAAGGGGGUCGCCACAGCGGAACAAACAGCCAACUCAUCCUGCAUUUGUUUUAUGCAGCGGAUGCCCUUUCAGCUGCAACCCAUCACUGGGAAACACAUACACUAUGGACAAUUUAGCCUUCCCAAUUAAUCUGUACCACAUGUCUUUGGACUGUGGGGGAAACCGGAGCACCUGGAGGAAACCCACGCAGGGAGAACAUGCAAACUCCACACAGAUACGCCAACUGACCCAACCGAGGCUCGAACCAGCAACCUUCUUGCUGUGAGUCGACAGCACUACCUACUGCGCCACUGCAUCACAUAUACAUAAUAAAUAUAUAUAAUAAUACACACAUCUUAUGUCAAACUUUGCUGGCUUUUUGCUGGAAGAGCAAGUUGAAAACAAAGCUCUUCAUGUGCUUAAAACAUGAAUAAAACAAAGAGAAUUAGAUGUCAGACAUGUUUUCAAAAAGCAACAGAAGUUUCUCAUUCAGUACUUUAUGUAAAUGCUUAAAACAUGUCUAUUAAAUGAAUGUAAAGUGGGUCUUUAUUAUUACCUUGUUUGAUAAAAGACACAACACACUACAUUUGCAUGAAAAGGUGUUUACUGUUAUGAAUACACUCAUUUAAAAGCAUCAGCUGAGAUUUCUGAUUUCAACAAUGUUGUUUC